AAAACCAAAAUCCACAAUAAAAGGGUUAGAAAGAAAGAGAAAAGUGUGAAGAAAGAGUAGAAGAGAAUGCGAAUUGCAUGAGAAGAAGAAGAAAAACCCUUUAACAACUACUCUUUCUUCAUUUCUUCGUAUUUCUUCUUCAAUGGAAGAAAACUCUGUUCUUUUCCAAUGGAGCGUAAUCAGAUCUCUCUUGUGUAUUCUUCAAUGGUGGACUUUCAAUGUCACCGUUAUCAUCGUUAACAAGUGGAUCUUUCAGAAAUUGGAUUUCAAGUUUCCCCUAUCAGUAUCCUGUGUCCACUUUAUCUGCUCAGCCAUUGGAGCAUAUAUAGUAAUUAAGGUGCUGAAGCUUAAACCACUGAUAACUGUUGACCCUGAAGAUCGCUGGAAAAGAAUCUUUCCGAUGUCAUUUGUGUUCUGCAUUAACAUAGUGCUGGGGAAUGUGAGUCUACGAUACAUUCCAGUUUCUUUUAUGCAGACAAUUAAGUCAUUCACACCUGCAACCACUGUUGUUUUGCAAUGGCUAGUGUGGAGGAAAUAUUUUGACUGGCGUAUUUGGGCUUCUCUUAUACCCAUUGUUGGGGGGAUUCUUCUCACAUCGGUAACUGAGAUGAGCUUUAAUAUGUUUGGAUUUUGUGCGGCCUUACUUGGCUGUUUGGCUACAUCUACAAAGACCAUCCUUGCAGAAUCUCUUUUGCAUGGAUACAAAUUUGACAGCAUAAACACGGUUUAUUACAUGGCACCUUAUGCGACCAUGAUCUUGGUGCUUCCUGCCAUGUUACUUGAAGGCAAUGGAGUUCUUGAAUGGCUUAAUACUCAUCCAUAUCCUUGGUCGGCUCUCAUCAUUAUUUUUAGUUCUGGGGUGCUGGCGUUCUGUCUUAACUUCUCCAUUUUUUAUGUGAUCCACUCCACUACUGCUGUAACAUUUAACGUUGCUGGGAACCUUAAGGUUGCAGUUGCUGUCCUUGUUUCUUGGCUGAUAUUUAGGAACCCAAUCUCAUAUUUAAAUGCUGUUGGAUGUGCCAUCACUCUUGUGGGUUGUACAUUCUAUGGUUAUGUUAGACACUUGCUCUCCCAACAGCCACCAGUUCCAGGAACUCCUCGGACCCCUCGGAGUAAGAUGGAGUCGCUUCCACUUGUAAAUGAUAAAUUAGAAAAUAAGUUCUAAUUGGUUUAGUUACAUAUAUGGGGUUUCUUCUUCCAUUUGAAAGGCAGUUAUAACUAUAGGUAUAUGAAAGUGGUUUGGUUAGAAUACCCCCAAAUAUUUGAAUACAGGGUUCUGUCUUGUUUCUUUAACCCUCCUUUUUCAAUUUUCUUUUGUCUAGCAUAGAGUUUUAUGGGUUGUAGCCCACGGGCGUUGAUUGUUAAGUUAUUGUUUUUGUAAUUGCAAUGAGUUUGACUUAACAUACCUAACAGUAAUUUGUCUAGUAGUGUUUCUAAUGCAUGUGAUAUAAUCGUACAAAUAUAGUUUUGGCAUUAAAUCGAUGCAGGAUACUUAUCUAUUUU